AUGGGGGGGGGGGUGGAGGUGCAGAGGAAGGGUGAGGUGGGGGGGGGGGUGCAGAGGAAGGGUGAGGUGGGGGGGGGGGAGAGGGGGGUGGAUGGAGGGGGUGGGUGCGCGGCGGCAGAGGGGCGACGGGCCGGGCUGCGGCGGUGGGGCGCAAGGGCAGGGGUGCCUGUCGGGGCGCGAGGGCACCCCCGGGGGAAGCGGGCGGUGGGCUCAGGCAGACGCAAUGGCUGCUAUCGCAAUUCGGAUGCCUCUUGGCUCCCCGGGUUGUGGGGCGCGAGGCCGGGGUACCCCAGGGGUGCGGACCGCGGGCUGUGUGCUCGCCGGCCCAGCCUCGAGCCCCCCGCACCGUCCCCGGGCGCCGUCCCCGGCGAGGAGCAGCGGGAUGGCGGCCGGGGAGGGGGGAGAGGCCACGAACCCCCAGGGCCCGGCGGCUUCCGGAGAGCUCAGGAUGGAGCCGCUUGGGCUGGCGCCCAGCAAGAGCUCAGGGAAAAGGAGACGGCACCUCAGCAUUUCAGGAGCCAUCCCGGGGAGGGCCCGGUGCGAUGGCACGGGUCGGGAUCCCUCCCGGGGAGGGCCCGGUGCGAUGGCACGGGUCGGGAUCCCUCCCGGGGAGGGCCCAGUGCGAUGGCACGGGUCGGGAUCCCUCCCGGGGAGGGCCCGGUGCGAUGGCACGGGUCGGGAUCCCUCCCGGGGAGGGCCCGGUGCGAUGGCACGGGUCGGGAUCCCUCCCGGGAAUGUCCCGGUGCGAUGGCACGGGUCGGGAUCCCUCCCGGGAAUGUCCCGGUGCGAUGGCACGGGUCGGGAUCCCUCCCGGGGAGGGCCCGGUGCGAUGGCACGGGUCAGGAUCCAUCCCGGGGAGGUCCCGGUGCGAUGGCACGGGUCGGGAUCCCUCCUGGGGAGGGCCCAGUGCAAUGGCACGGGUCGGGAUCCCUCCCGGGAAUGUCCCGGUGCGAUGGCACGGGUCGGGAUCCAUCCCGGGGAGGGCCCAGUGCGAUGGCACGGGUCGGGAUCCCUCCCGGGGAGGGCCCGGUGCGAUGGCACGGGUCGGGAUCCCUCCCGGGGAGGGCCCGGUGCGAUGGCACGGGUCGGGAUCCCUCCCGGGGAGGGCCCGGUGCGAUGGCACGGGUCGGGAUCCCUCCCGGGGAGGUCCCGGUGCGAUGGCACGGGUCGGGAUCCCUCCCGGGAAUGUCCCGGUGCGAUGGCACGGGUCGGGAUCCCUCCCGGGGAGGUCCCAGCGCACAGGAGGGGCGGCUGCCCCCACCCUGGGCCUGGGCCUUUUCCCUGGCUGAAGGUUGUAAAGGUUCAGAGAUGUGUGAGGGUCAGAAGGAACCUCCUUGUCCUUCCCUCUAG